GCCAUGUGAUGCUGGGCGCCAGCGAGCCGCUGCCGAGCCGCCUCCUUCCUCCUCGGAUCGCGGGCUGUCAUGGCGACCCCCAACAACCUGACCCCCACCAACUGCAGCUGGUGGCCUAUCUCGGCGCUGGAGAGCGAUGCAGCCAAGCCGGUGGAGACCCCCGACGCGCCCGAGGCAUCCAGCCCCGCCCAUUGGCCCAAGGAGAGCCUGGUUCUGUACCACUGGACCCAGUCCUUCAGCUCGCAGAAGGUGCGGCUGGUGAUCGCUGAGAAGGGCCUGGCCUGUGAAGAGAGAGAUGUGAGCCUGCCUCAGAGUGAGCAUAAGGAACCGUGGUUCAUGCGGCUGAACCUGGGUGAGGAGGUCCCAGUCAUUAUCCACAGAGACAACAUUAUCAGUGACUAUGACCAGAUCAUUGACUACGUGGAACGCACCUUCACGGGAGAGCAUGUGGUGGCCUUGAUGCCCGAGGUGGGCAGCCCACAACAUGCCCGAGUGCUGCAGUACCGGGAGCUGCUGGAUGCGCUGCCCAUGGACGCCUACACACACGGCUGCAUCCUGCACCCUGAGCUCACCACAGAUUCCAUGAUCCCCAAGUAUGCCACGGCUGAGAUCCGCAGACAUUUAGCCAAUGCCACCACAGACCUCAUGAAACUGGACCACGAGGAGGAACCACAGCUCUCUGAGCCCUACCUUUCUAAACAGAAGAAGCUUAUGGCCAAGAUCCUGGAGCACGAUGACGUGAGCUACCUGAAGAAGAUCCUCGGGGAGCUGGCUAUGGUGCUGGACCAGAUUGAGGCGGAGCUGGAGAAGAGGAAACUGGAGAAUGAGGGGCAGACGUGCGAGCUGUGGCUCUGUGGCUGUGCCUUCACCCUGGCGGAUGUCCUCCUGGGAGCCACCCUGCACCGCCUCAAGUUCCUGGGACUGUCCAAGAAAUACUGGGAAGACGGCAGCCGGCCCAACCUGCAGUCCUUCUUUGAGAGGGUCCAGAGACGCUUUGCCUUCCGGAAAGUCCUGGGCGACAUCCACACCACCCUGCUGUCAGCUGUUAUCCCCAACGCGUUCCGACUGGUCAAGCGGAAACCGCCAUCCUUCUUUGGGGCAUCCUUCCUCAUGGGCUCCUUGGGUGGGAUGGGCUACUUUGCCUACUGGUACCUCAAGAAAAAAUACAUCUAGAGCUGGGCUGGGGCCUGGUGUGUGAC